GGGGACGCCUAGGGAGGCGGGGCUUUGGUUCCUUCCGGAGAACGGGUGAACUCUACCUGGGUACGCGGAUGGCGGGGCGAGGGAAGCUAAUCGCUGUGAUCGGAGACGAGGACACGGUGACUGGCUUUCUACUGGGCGGCAUAGGGGAGCUUAACAAGAACCGCCACCCUAAUUUCCUGGUGGUGGAGAAGGACACACCCAUCAAUGAGAUCGAAGACACUUUCCGGCAGUUUCUAAACCGGGAUGACAUCGGCAUCAUCCUCAUCAACCAGUACAUCGCCGAGAUGGUGCGGCACGCGCUAGACGCCCACCAGCGCUCCAUUCCCGCCGUUCUGGAGAUCCCAUCCAAGGAGCACCCCUAUGACGCCGCCAAGGACUCCAUCCUGCGCAGGGCCAGGGGCAUGUUUACUGCUGAAGACCUGCGCUAACAGCCUCCCCGCAGCCCCCCAGCCCCUCCCUGGUCUUGCCAUCAGCCCUUCUCUGCAUUUUGAGCCUCUGAUUUCCAACUCCCUGCCCCUUCCCACUCCAUUGAGAGGCUAGGUGAGGUGCUGUGAGUUGCUGGGGUGCUGCCACUAAAAUCAAGACUAGAUAGGGAACAGGAAGCUUGACCCUCUCCCCUCUUCCACUGCCUCUUUCCUGCACGGUCACACAGUGUAUUGUUGAUGUUAAAUUAAAGUAAUAUUCUUGGUUCCCUCUAAA